AUGGGGAUCAGUGACAACGACGUGAAGAAGCAGCUGAAUCAUAUGAUGGCCUUUAUAGAACAAGAGGCUACCGAGAAAGCAGAAGAAAUUGAUGCAAAGGCUGAGGAAGAAUUUAAUAUUGAAAAGGGUCGUCUGGUACAGCAACAACGAACAAAAAUUCUGGAAUACUACGAGAAAAAAGAGAAGCAAGUGGAACUACAAAGAAAAAUCCAAAGCUCGAAUAUGUUAAAUCAGGGACGCCUUGCUUGCCUUAAAGCUCGUGAAGAUCAUCUCCACAAAGUGCUAGAUGAAGCGCGUGCAAAUUUAUCAAGGAUCUCAAACAACAAAGAACGUUACCCUGCAAUACUUAAGGGGUUAAUUUUACAGGCUUUGUUUCAAAUGCUAGAGAAAGAGGUGGUCAUACAUUGUCGAAAAUGCGACGUACAGCUUGUAGAGCAGCUGCUUCCGGAAUGCGUUGAGGAGUUGGAAACCCACUGGGGGAACAAAACAAAAGUUACGAUAGAUAAACAGAAUUAUUUGCCGUCAGAUAGCCCUGGUGGCGUAGAAAUGACUGCGAAAGCUGGAAAAAUUAAGGUUUCUUCGACGUUAGAAUCUCGCCUUGAACUUAUUGCUAGCCAGAUUGUGCCCCAAAUUCGCACCGCAUUGUUUGGGGAGAAUCCGAAUAGAAAGUUCUUUGACUAA